AUGUGGAUGAUGGGUUACAAUGAGGGUGCCGAGUUCAACAUGCCCGAUUCCUUCAAUGGCAGGAAACUGAGGCCUCUUAUUCCAAGGCCAAUACCUUCUGCAAACAACUCUCCUUGUCUAAGCCGUAUCAAUGGUACCGACUUUUUUGCACUAAAUCAUCACCUAACUAUGGGGGAUCAAAACAAGAGGGAUUUCAAUACACAACCAGCCUUGGUGGUGAGCUCAAGGUGGAAUCCAACGCCUGAGCAGUUAAGAACCCUUGAAGAACUUUAUAGACGAGGCACUCGAACCCCAACAGCAGAUCAAAUUCAGCAUAUAACAGCACAGCUGCGUCGAUAUGGUAAGAUAGAAGGAAAGAAUGUCUUCUAUUGGUUUCAAAACCACAAGGCAAGGGAACGACAAAAACGUCGCCGGCAAAUGGAAUCAGCUCAAGACGAACACAGUCAAGAAACUGACAUCUUCCAAAGAAAAGAUUCAGGAGCAAAUAGGACAGGUUAUGAAGUUGAACAGGCCAAAAACUGGGCACUCCCUACCAACUACAGUACACUAGCAGAGGAAUCUGUUUCAAUACAAACGGCAGCAAAAGCAGCAGCGGCAGAAUGUAGAGCAGAUGGAUGGAUCCAAUUCGAAGAAGGAGAAUUACAGCAGAGAAGGAACUUUGUGGAAAAGAAUGGCACGUGGCAGAAGAUGCAAUUUUGUUACUCUUGCUUCCCUCCUACUGCCUCUACUACACCCCCAGAAGCAGCAGCAGCAGCCACUAGCACUGCCACCACCAUCACCACGGCACCAAUUCCAACAACAAUAAGAACAAUGGACCCAAAGCAGCAGCUCGUUAAGAGUCAUGAUCUCAACAUAUUUAUAGCUCCCUGCAGACACAAUGACAUUGACCACUUCAACACUGCCAGAAACCAAGAGGAUGCUCCUGGGAACUCUCAAACCCUACAACUCUUCCCGCUUCGUAGCGGCGAUGGUACCGACAACUCCAAGGAGAAAGAGCAUGAGUUAUCAGUCGCAGCCGUGACUGCUAACCUCAUUCCUUACCAGUUUUUUGAGUUCCUUCCUUUGAAGAACUAAAACAAUUAUCCCUACAUAUUUAUUUGCUAUGUAUGUAUAAUGGAAAAUUGUGGAUUCUGUAAUUUUGUUGGAAAUUGGGAACUGCUUUUA